AGAGCUUAAACAUCAGUACCAUCACUGUUCGGUUUUGCUCUUAGACUUCGACUUAAAUUAUUUUACUUUUUACGAUAAAAUUAUCGAAACUGAAUUUUGAAAAAUCAUUUGAUAAUUUUUUUUUAUGUGUAAUUUAAAUAAAUAACGAAUAAAAAAACAAUUGAAUUAUUAUGGAAGAAUUAAAUGACAUUGAGUUCUACAGAAGACUUUGUUCAUCCGAGACACUCCAUUCUGGCAAAAGAGGCUUUUUCAAAGACUUUAUCGACUCUGUACGUAACAGUGUAGAGGAUUCUUGGAUCGAGAAUGUCUUUGGUGCAUUAAACAGCGAUGAGGAACGCAUACGGUGCAUUUUUACAGAGGGUAAAAUAAAACACACUGUAAUGGGAAUUCUCACUCGAGUAAAACCCUUAUUCAGAGACAAAGACGGUCAAGUCUCAAUAAAUAAAAGACUUGAAGGUUUGAAGUUCAUUUCUUCAAAUGAUAAUGAGCGAGCGCUCCUUUGUUUCAGUCAAGCCGUGUUACGAGCUCCUGACACAGGAAAAAAUAAAUCUUCAAAAGAGGAUUUAAAUCUUAGUCUCGCUCUGCUUGGGCGAGCCGAAGCUUUAAUGGCUUUGGGAGAAUACGAGUUCGCGAUUAAUGACUUGAAAGCUAUAGAUAUUGAAUUACCACAAAAUGUCAGAGAACAAUUAGACCGGAAAUUGCAAGAGUGUCAUCGUCUAUUUGAAGAGUCGAAAAAAUCAAUAGUCACUUGUGAAUCUGCUAGUGGGAUUAAAAAAAGGGAAUGGAACAAUAACUAUCACAAACCCGUUUCUCCAGAGGUAACUGGAGGUUUACAUCCGUUGCUACCGGGCAUUUCGAAGCUUGUAGAAAUUCAAGAGACAACAGAGGCAGGCAAGCACGCAGUUGCUGCUGAGGAUGUUCAAAUUGGAAAUGUAUUAGCGUGCGAAACGCCUCUGGCAUCAUGUCUUCUCCCCGAGUAUUACGGUACACAUUGCCAUCAUUGUUUUGUAAGGUUAAGAGCCCCGGUCGGAUGUUCAGUAUGUAGCAGCGUAGCUUUUUGCGGUCGAAAUUGUCGAGACGAAGCUUUAAAAACGUACCAUAAAUAUGAAUGCAAAAUCCUCGUUCUACUUAUCGGAUCAGGAAUGAGUAUUCUGAGUAUGUUAGCAUUAAGAAUGGUUACUCAAGUAGGAUUGCAAGGCUGCUUGCGUCUGUACCAGCGAAUAAAUGAAAAAGACAAUAAUAAUAAUUUAUCAAAAAGCCAAGUCAGCAUGAGCAAGUCAUCGAAACGACGGCUUAGAAAAAAAAAGCUAAAGGAAAAUUAUUCGUCGUCUACAUCUAAUUCAGUUUCUAUGGACAAAGAAGAUUUAAAUAAUGACGUGGAUGACCGAGCGUAUGAUUUGGUCACUUUGAAAUCCAAAAGGUCGAAUAUUGACUUUUUUGAACGUACGCUCAUGGCGAUAUUUAUCAUUAAAUGCCUCCAGCAAGUUCACUUUUUUAAAAAUAUAUCUCACGAUUCACCAACGGAAGAAGAAAUAUCUGUAGGAACGAUUCUACUGCGAAACCUCCAACUACUACAAUUUAAUGCUCACGAAAUUUUCGAAACACGUGUUAGUAACGAGCAUCGAUUCCGCGGUAGCAAAACAGUUUAUCUAGGGGUUGCAAUUUACCCAGGAGUUGCCCGUUUCAAUCACGAUUGUUACCCAGCCGUAACAAGAUAUUUUAGCGGCCGUGAUAUCGUUAUAAGAGCGACCCGAACUUUGACAAAAGGACAAGUUAUUGCCGAAAAUUACGGACCGAUAUUUACAAAGAGAAACUUGAAGGAGCGUCAGCGAUCCCUUGAAGGACGAUACUGGUUUAAAUGUACCUGCGAUGCAUGUAAGGAGGAUUGGCCAAAGUUUGAGGUCUUGAUUAAUUGUACGCCCAGAAUUAGGUGCUCGACGGAAAACUGCAAGGGAUUACUCCCUCAAGCAAGUCACCUAGAUAAUUUAGUAAAGUGUUCGCGUUGUAGAAAAAAAAUAAAUCUUAAAUCCCGUAUAAUGAGCUUAAGUCGUUGUGAAGAGAACUACACUGAAGGACUAGCAAGUAUGGAGCAAGAAAAUUCAGAGGAAGCUAUUGAUAAAAUUGCUGAGGCACUUGAGGAAUUUCAUAAAAUAGCAUCGGCGCCUCAUCGUGAAACGCAUUUGGCUGAAAUAGCGUUAGCAGCUUGUAUGGCUGAUUCGGGAAAUCGAUGGAGACCGACAUUUACUUAAAUAUAAUAAAUUAUAUAUAUGUUACACUGCAUUUUAUUUAAUAAAUUAUUUAUGCUAAUG